AUGUCUGAAAAUAUGAUAAGUUCUGAUGAUGAUUUGGCUAGUUUAAAUAGUAUAACUGGUUCAAAUGACAGAACUAACUCUAAUAUACUUUCAAAUAAUAAUGAAAAUCCAAAUUCAAAAUUUGUCUGGCUUGUAAAAA